UUCAAGCUGAUUAUCUCAGCCAAUAACUAUUUUACUAUGGGUAGCAUCAAGACCGAGACAUGGGAGUUGGCAGCCGCCAAGAAACGAGAGUCACUCGCGGCGUCACUCCCCUCAGAAUGGCUGGUUCCCAAGAACCUACUUCCGCCGGAUUCUCAAGACGAUGUCACAUCGUGGCCGGAGACUUCGGGCUGGUUCACGGAGAAAGAGCUCGCCAUCACGAACAGCGACGCCGCCGAUCUGAUCCCCAAGCUCGCAUCCGGAGAACUCAAGUCGUUAGAGGUCACAAAAGCAUUCUGCAAGAAGGCCGUUGCCGCCCAUCAGUUGACAAACUGCCUCUCAGAAACGUGUUUCGACCGCGCACUUGCAACAGCAAAAGCCAGAGAUGAGUACCUCGAGCGCACCGGAAAGCCCAUCGGGCCCUUCCACGGCCUGCCCAUCUCACUCAAAGACAACUUCAAUCUCAAGGGGCUUGAUGCCACCGUAGGCUUCGUUUCUCACAUCGACAACCCCGCCGAGUACGACGCUGCCCUCGCCACGCUGCUGGAGGAGGCCGGCGCCGUAUUUUACGUCAAGACGAACGUGCCGACGGCGAUGAUGAUUGCGGAAUCGGUCAAUAAUGUCUUUGGCCGAACGGUGAACCCCAGAAACAGGAAUCUUACCAGCGGUGGGAGCUCCGGUGGAGAGUCUGCACUUAUCUCGUUCAAGGGCAGCCCGCUUGGUGUCGGAACGGAUAUCGGCGGUUCUCUCCGCAUUCCCGCCGCUUGCACCGGCAUCUUCACCCUCCGGCCAUCUUUCGGCCGCUUCCCUACCCUAGGUUGCCGCUCCGGCAUGGGCGGCCAGGAAGCCGUGCAAUCUGUCAACGGCCCCAUGACCCGAACCAUUACCGACCUCGAACUCUACAGCAAAACCGUCGUCAACCAAAAGACCUGGCUCCACGACCCGCGCUGCGUCCCGAUCCCGUGGCGCGAGGUGCAACUCCCUUCGAAGCUGAAGAUUGCAGUAAUGUGGAACGACGGCAUGGUCAGGCCCACACCGCCCGUCACCCGCGCGCUCAAGGCGACUGUCGAGAAGCUGAAGGCCGCUGGUAGCGAUAUCGAGAUUGUCGACUGGGAGCCUGUCGACCACAGGCAGGGACUGACUCUGCUGGAGCGCAUGUUUGUCGCUGAUGGCGGUAUCUCCAUUCAGAAAGAGCUCGAGAAGUCGGGAGAACCACUCAGGCCUGAGAUGGCGGCGUACGGAACCGCAAAGGAGCUCGGGACGUACGAUAUGUGGCAGCUUCACCUUGAACGCACCGCGUUCCAGAAACGGUAUCUCGAUCGGUGGAACGCGGCGGGCAUCGAUGCGAUUCUGUGCCCUACGACGCCGUUUGCGAGUGUGAAGAGCGGUGGUUUCAAGCAUGUUGGAUACACGGGUGUCUACAAUGUCCUCGACUACUCUUGCGUUUCCUUCCCGACUGGCUUGACAGCAGACCAAAGCUUGGACACGCCUCUCGACUCUACGGAGAAGCCACUCAGCAAAGACUGCGAGGCUAUCCACGCCGAAUAUGAUGCCGCGACAGUACAUGGCAUGCCCAUCAGCCUUCAAUUGGUUGCUCGGCGGCUGGAAGAGGAGAAGGCGAUAGCCAUGGUCAAACAUGUUCUUAGCGUGAUCUGA